UCGCACGACAAGGUUGACCCUCCCGCGUGGCUCGGCGUAUUUAUCCCUUACUCCACCAGACUUCACCAGGCCUUACUUUCCCGUCACCUCUCCAUCGUCCACAUCAAGUCAUGGCUUCUGAGAAGGUCACCGACGCGCCCAUGGCGCCGGCACAAGUGCCGCUUGCGGCCGCGACGUCUCCCGAUGCCACCAAGCAGGCCGACCUCGUCGACAUGAUGGCAAACGCGCGUCGCGCCACCGAGAAGGAGCACAAGAUGACCCUCAUGCAAGGUCUGCGCCUAUACCCCAAGGCAGCCGCAUGGUCGAUGCUCAUCUCGUGCUGCAUCGUUAUGGAGGGCUUCCAAGUGUGCCUCACGCCCAACCUGUACGCGUUCGAGCCGUUCAACCGCGAGUUCGGCGGCGUAAACAAGGACGGCAAUUACGAGAUCUCUGCGCCGUGGCAGGCUGGCCUGUCGAAUGGCGCCGCUGUCGGCCAGAUCAUGGGCCUCUUCAUCGCGGGUGUUGUCGCCGAGCGCAUUGGCUACCGCUACACCGUCAUGGGCGCGCUCGUUUGGAUCACGGCAUUCCUCACGCUCUUCGUCACGGCCAAAAAUCUCCCCACGCUCCUCAUGGGCGAGAUCCUCUGUGGCCUCCCUUGGGGCUGCUUCCAGACCAUUUGCAUCUCGUACGCCGCCGAGGUUUGCCCCGUCGCUCUCCGCGGCUACCUCACUUGCUUCGUCAAUUGCUGCUGGGGCAUCGGUCAGGUGAUCGGCAUUGGCGUCAUCAAGUCGCAGGUCGGCAACACGAGCCACUGGGCAUGGCGCAUGCCCUACGCGCUCCAGUGGAUGUGGCCCGUGCCCCUGUGCAUUGGCGUCUUCUUCGCCCCCGAGAGCCCGUGGUGGCUUGUCCGCCGCGGCCGCUUCGAGGACGCCAAGAAGAACCUCCUCCGCCUCACUUCGCUGAGCCGUGAGACCGACUUCGACGCCGAUGAGACUAUCGACAUGAUGCGCCACACCACUGAGCUCGAGCAGGAGAUCACUGGCGGCGCGUCGUACCUCGACUGCUUCAAGGGCACCGAUCUUCGCCGCACCGAGAUUGUGUGCAUGACCUGGGCUAUCCAGAACCUCUCCGGCAACUCGUUCUCAGGUUACUCGGCCUACUUCCUGCAGAAGGCCGGUGUCGAUCCCAAGAACUCGUACUCGUUCGCGCUCGGCCAGUACUCGAUCAACAUUGUCGGCGUGUUCGGCGCUUGGGCACUCAUGGCUUGGGGCAUCAGCCGCCGCCGGCUGUACGUUGGUGGUCUGUGCGGCCUCUGUGCGGCGCUUUUCAUCAUGGGUUUCCUGGGCCUCGUUCCCGCGUCCAAGCGCGACUCGAGCGCUAUGGCCACCGGCUCGAUGAUGAUUGUGUGGGCCGCCUUUUACCAGCUCACCGUCGGCACUGUGUGCUACUCGCUUGUGGCGGAGAUGUCGACUCGUCGCCUGCAGAUCAAGACUGUCGUGCUCGGUCGCAACCUCUACAACAUCGUGGGCAUCAUCUGCAACGUCCUCACUCCAUACAUGCUUAACACGGACGCUUGGAACUGGGGCAACUUUGCUGGAUUCUUCUGGGGCGGCUCAUGCUUCCUCUCCCUUAUCUAUGCGUACUACCGCAUUCCUAGCUGCGACAACCGCUCUUUCGCUGAGAUCGACAUGCUCUUCGAGCGCAAGGUUCCCGCGCGCAAGUUUGCCACCACCGAGGUCGACCCGUUCGAGGUCCACAUCGACGACAAGCGCCACGCAAGUAUCUCCCACGUUGAGCUGGCGGGCCAGCCCUAGGUCAAGGCUGACUCGUAGCGGCCAAGUGUAUCCCACAGUGUUCGAGAAGCGUAGUAGUAGCAGUAGCAGUAGCCGGAGCGGCCGUAGCAGUAGUAGCAGUAGUAUAGUGUGAUAAUGUGAUUUUUGCCUACUC